UGUAUGUGGAAACAGGGUGUGUCGGGUCUGAAUAAUCUUGUGUUUCAAAAGGGAGGGGAACAUCCUGGAAAGGGGGGGGGCACCUCCCAGUCAGGUGUGUCUUUUCCCUCUUCUCCCAUUUUACUCUCGUAAUACUUCGACAUUGUUAGUAGAUCAAACAUUGUUACAGCAUGACAGAGUCGGCUGAAGCUGUGGCAGGUGAUGUGACCAGCAAGAGAAGCGUGACGAUUGAAAUCUCAAACAACACCAAUAACUACUGCUUUAUCAGUCCCAAAGCCUACCUUGACAAUGGAGAGGUGUUCAACCCACCUCAACCGACGGUGCGCCCCCUAAAGACGGAGGUGUGCACCUUUACCAAAUCUCGUGGAAAAGCAACGGGCAGCGUAGGUGUCCUGACUUACGAUCUCUUCGAGAGGUCCCAGAAUGACUACAUAGAGACCCUGGCCAUCAUGUUUUCCGUUCCCUGGGACUACAACCUGUACAAGAACUGGUUUGCGGUGGGCAUCUAUAAAAAGGGUCGUAACUGUGAUGAAGCUUUGUUCAAAGAAAUGUACUAUGAGAAGAAACAGCUUGAGCAUGGUUUUGUCAGAGGUGAAGCCAAUGGCUCAGGAAUCAAUUAUAUCGGUAAUUUUCUUGACAUCAAAGCUACCAUGUGUCCCAUGGGUAACUCCAUCAUGAAAGUGGAGAUAUGGGACAAGCUUUUCACAUCCAUGGGGCAGCAAUCUUAUUAAAACACCUCACAGUUACAGAAACCUUUAAGAGAAUGUGUUGUUUUUUUGCAGACUUCUUAAAAUAAAGACAGCAUUAGCUGUACUGGAACCGAUCUGUUGUUGCUGAAUUUGUUCUGUAUGUCCUGGUAUUACAUUUCUGCUUAAGAUCAGACUUUGUCUGUUUUUAAAUCCUUCCAGAAUGAAUGUCCCUUUAUUGGAAAAGUUUUUAUGUAUUUCUAUACCACCCAGUUUAAAACCAACCUAUCUAGAAAAGGAAAUCAUAGAAUGACUCCCUAAAGGAUGAGGGCAAUAGCUUAAUGAAACACAGAUAGUACCUGUCUGAAUUCACCUUGACAUAAUUCUUUCUGGAAUAAAAUAAACCUUUUUGCCGAAGCUAA